CAAAGUUUUUGGAAUUAUUUUAUUUUCAUAAUAUUUUCAAAAAAGAAAAAAUUCCGUUGUUUUAUACCACUUUUUUCAAUUCCCAUUUAAUGCUUUCACUCUGCUUCACUCUCACUGAAUUUCUCUCUCCUCACUUUCUCUCUCAUGAUUUCUGGUAUUUGCAACAACUGGGCACCCCUCAAAUUUAUUGCUUAAACAACUAUUCUACUGUUUUAUGAAACUCCAGAAAAAAUAGACGUUACCCAUCAAUUAUAGGAGAGAGAAAGAAGCAAUCUUGAGACAUUGCGGAAUUCUUAUGUACAAUUCUUCAUUGUAAUUUGUUGAAGAACUGCCCAUCGCUGAGUGUUUAUGUUUUCAAGAAUGGACUUGGAUCUUUAAAUGUAAAUCUUUAAAAGUCUGUAGACAGCAAUAAUGGGUGGUGAGAAGCAUGGAUCGAAGAGUGGAAGGUACGUUGGUGGUUUCUUGCAGCUCUUUGACUGGAAUGCAAAGUCUAGAAAGAAGCUGUUUCCAAGCAAAUUUGAUUUACCAGAAGACUCAAAGUAUGGGAAGAGAGGCGAGGAGAGUUUCCCUAUGACAAGAAUACGUGUGGAGGCAGAUGAGGAAGAAUUUGGUGCAUUUGGCGCAGGAUUGAGUGUCAGAGGGGGAAGUGAUUAUAGCUGUGCAUCAUCUGUGACAGAUGAUGAUGGAUAUGGAAUAAAAGCUCCUGGAGUUGUGGCCAGGCUCAUGGGAUUGGAUUCCUUACCAACAUCAAAUGCAGGGGAUCCAUAUUCAUCCCCAUUUUUUGACUCGAUCUCUCUUAGAGAGGCUCCAUUUAGAGGAAGAAAUCUUGACUUCUAUCACGAUCAUCAAAUUAUGCAGUCAAGCCAACUAUGUGAUAGAAGGGGGGCUACUUCUAGGAAUAAUGAAUUGGAAACUAGAUCAAUGAAGUUGACUAAUAGACCAAUUGAGAAGUUUCAAACUGAGAUUUUGCCUCCAAAAUCAGCUAAAACAAUUCCACUCACUCAUCACAAGCUUUUAUCACCAAUCAAGAGUCCUAUUUUUGUUCCAUCUCAAGAUGCAGCACACAUCAUGGAAGCUGCUGCAAAAAUAAUUGAGCCUGGCCCACCAGCCAAUCCCCGAGCUAAAUUAUCUACAGGUGGAUCAUCCUCAGUUCCAUUUAAAGUUAGAGAAAUGAGAGAGAAACUGGAAGCAGCGGCUGCAGCGCAGAGGCCAUCCACGGCUUCUGAACAAAGGCCGGUUGAGUCGAAGGCAGCCAAGUGUUUAAAGGGGCAGCCCAUGAACAAGAGCUGGAAUGGAUCGGCUGAGACAUUGUCCAGGGAGCCUCCAAGUAGGGAAGAGAGUUCUGUUGCCAUAAAGAAUAAGGGAAAAUCAAUUUCGCUUGCCAUACAAGCAAAGGUUAAUGUCCAGAAAAGGGAAGCCUUGACAUCAAGUAGUAAAAGUUUGGGAGAGCCAGAAAAUCAGGAUAAUAACAAGUCAACUCAGAUAUCAAGGAACCAAGCAGGUGGUCCGAAGUCAAACAGAAAAUCUUUGAACCACAGCACUUCCUCUGUGCUUAGGCAAAAUAAUCAGAAACAGAACUGCCCUUCUCAUAGGGAGAGAUCUGCUCCUAAGGCUUCGGUUACUACUACAAGCAGUAAAAAAGCAUUUUCUGAGGAAACUUCUCAUGGUCGACAAAAAAGUUCAACGAGAGAAGGUGGGACCUCAAGAACAAGUUCAAGAAAAUCUAGCUUGCAUGCAAGGGAAAAUGGUAAGGGGGUUCCUUAUGCUGGAGUCAGAAAUGUUCCUAGAAAGAAACGAUCAAUAGAUGGAAAUAUGCAUUUUGAUAAGAAUCAAGUAACUGAAAACAUGAUGCUCUCUAGCAAACAUGAAAAGCCAAGCGAAUCUAGUGUAGUGGCAGAUAAGCAAUUUAGUUGGAUAGAAGAAAGCCGAAGGAAAGGAAUGGAUGUUGUUUCUUUCACAUUCACUGCUCCUAUAACUCGAUCACAGCUUGGUUCAGAGCCUUCUAGAGAGUUGGCUGAAAAUGAUAGUAGCGUUUUCUCUGAUGAUGGAAGCAAGAUGUCAUCUGGCUCGGAGUUGACAAGGUUAUCUUCUCCGGGACUCACUGGGAUAAAGGGUGAUGCUUUGAGUAAAUUAUUGGAGCAACUAACCUCCAACUUAGAGAAGUCUCAUAGCACCAUUUUCAAAACGGGUACAGCUCUAGAAUCAGCUCAGCAAACUGUGGUACCUCGCAGUGCAGAGAGUGCCACAGGAAAGGUCCGAGAAAAAACAUUUCAACAAGAGCCACUAGUGUUUGAUACGAAUAGUCAGUUGUUCUCGGACUUAUUUACCAAUGAAGCUGAACUAUUCAAAAGGAAAUUCAACUUUCAGGCGGGGGAAGAAAUGGAAAAAUACAGCUGCGACAAAACUGAAACAAAAAAAUGGAAUAACAUCCAUUUGCCUAGUCCAAUUUCCAUUCUUGAACCUUCUUUUUUGACAGAAAGUUGUUGUUCUUCAGAAACCUCAACAAGUUGCGUCACAGAAGAGAUCAGACAAUGUUCAUCGAUUGAAGCUCAAGAAGUGAUCGGUUCACGCUCUUCACAGAUUUCAACUGCAAUAGAAGCUGAAUCAGAAUCAGCUUCUUCUACCUUCUCGUCUCAAAUUAAUGCAGAAAAAUAUUCCAUGAAAUCAACUGCAUGGGAAUUAGGAUAUGUAAAAGACAUACUUAGCAAUGCGGAGCUGAUGUUUAAGGAUUAUGUGGCAGGCCGAACACGUGAGAUAGUGAACCCACAUCUCUUUGAUCAGAUAGAACGACGAAGAGGAGGUGGAAAAGAUGAGUUCAAACAAGAGAGAAAAAUGUUGUUCGAUUGUGUUGGCGAAUGCUUAGAUUUGAAGUGUCAGCGUUUCGUGGGUGGUGGAUUUGAAAUGUGGACAAAAGGCAUUGCAACAUUGAAGAGAAAGGAAAGAGUGGCUGAAGAAGUAUACAAGGAGAUCCAGGUUUGGAGAAACCUGGGAAAUAGUAUGGUGGAUGAGCUUGUAGACAAGGAUAUGAGCAGUAAAUAUGGAAGAUGGUUGGACUUUGAAGUGGAUGAAUUUAUGCUUGGAGUAGAGAUUGAAGGCCAGAUAGUAGAUUCUUUGGUUGGGGAAAUAGUUUCAGAUAUCUUGUCUUCAGAUUUAUCAUCACAUUAAAAUUUCGGAAUGUAAUAUGUAAUUCCAAGUUGUAUCAUUUCCUAUAGUUUUCAAUUCUUUGUACUAUCACCUUGUUUUGUUGUUUCUUUCUUGAUCAAUGAUGGUUUGCAAACUGGAAGAUAUAUGAAAGAUUCGUCAAAAAUUUGUGUUCUUCACCCCAGAUUGAAGUACUAUUGUAUUACAAUAUAAA